GACUCUCGAAACUCUAACAAGGCAACGACCCUUCGGACCCCUUCGGGCAGGGCAUUACAGUGUUUUAUGGAGGAGUUUGAACCAAAUUGUCUUUAUGAUUCAGGAUCUGAUGUGAGGAUCGAAUGGAGUGGGCGGGAGCUGGCGCCCCUGGGGAGCUCGCCAGGGGCCAAGAUGGGCGCGUCACACCACUUCGACUGGGACAUCAACGAUUCCAACAUACCCAAGGUGACGAAGUACGACCUGUUCUCCGACUGGGCGGACGGACACUGCCGGUUCGUGUACCCGGCGGAGCUGGAGGAGGCCAAGCGACACUCGUCCGGCUGGGCCAUGAGGAACACCAACAACCACAACGUUAAUAUUCUCAAGAAGUCGUGUCUGGGGGUCGUCGUCUGCAGCCUCCGCUGCUCUCUGGAGGCUGGCCUCAAGGUUCACCUUCGCCCGGCGAUCUGUGACAAGGCCCGCAAGAAACAGCAAGGAAAACCUUGCCCCAACAAGUCAUGUUCUGGCAAGCUGGAAGUCCUUCCCUGCCGGGGCCACUGUGGUUACCCCGUCACCCACUUCUGGAGGCAUACGGACCACGCCAUAUUCUUCCAG